UCGAUACCAUAGACUGAGAUUAAUUUUGUAUGGUGUAUGGAAUCGAUUCCACAGCUGUUGAAUCGAUUCACAAUCCCCAACGAAGGCGAAGAGUCGAAUAUCUUCGGGAGUCGACUCCGCAGCUCAGGUCUCGUUUUCUCGACGAUACCUUGCAGCAGCACCAGGGCCACGGAGCUUUAGCAUCACGCACGAUGGAGGAAGCCAUCAGCCUGAAGCCGUGGAGGAACCUCUGGAGGAACAGAUCAGGACUCGCGGCUGUAAUACUGUUAUUAAGCCGAGCGGCUCGGGUAAGCGCGGAUGACGGUGCGAUGGAGGAGCUGGCCACGGAGAAGGAGGCAGAGGAAAGUCACCGCCAGGACAGCGUUAAUUUACUCACGUUUAUUUUGCUGCUGACGCUGACCAUUUUGACUAUAUGGCUCUUCAAACACAGGCGAGUGCGUUUCCUGCACGAGACCGGCCUGGCUAUGAUCUACGGUUUGUUGGUGGGCGUGAUCCUCCGCUAUGGAAUCCCCUCCACCAGUUACCACCAUCAGACUCCGCCCAGCUGCUCCCUGAAGGAGGGGCCGGUCAGCACACUGCUGCUCAACAUUAGCGGCAAGUUCUUCGAGUACACACUGAAGGGCGAGAUCAACUCCCGAGAGAUCCACAACGUGGAGCAGAACGACAUGCUCCGGAAGGUGACCUUUGACCCAGAAGUGUUCUUCAACAUCCUCCUACCUCCGAUCAUAUUCCAUGCGGGAUACAGCCUGAAAAAGAGACAUUUCUUCAGGAACCUGGGCUCCAUCAUCACCUACGCCUUCCUGGGAACCGCCAUCUCCUGCUUCGUCAUCGGGAAUCUGAUGUAUGGAGUGGUGAAGCUGAUGCAGGUUGUUGGACAGCUGACCGAUAAAUUCUACUACACUGACUGUCUGUUCUUCGGAGCCAUCAUCUCCGCUACAGACCCCGUGACUGUGUUGGCUAUCUUCAAUGAGCUCCAUGCUGAUGUGGAUCUUUACGCCCUGCUGUUCGGCGAGAGCGUUAUGAACGACGCCGUGGCCAUUGUCCUGUCAUCAUCUAUCGUGGCCUACCAGCCCAGCGGCGCAAACACACACACGUUCGACGCCUCGGCCUUCUUUAAAUCCGUCGGCAUUUUCAUCGGGAUCUUCAGCGGCUCCUUUGCCAUGGGCGCAGUCACAGGAGUGGUCACCGCCCUCGUCACCAAGUUCACCAAGCUGCACUGUUUCCCUCUGCUGGAGACGGCGCUCUUCUUCCUCAUGUCCUGGAGCACCUUCCUGCUGGCCGAGGCGUGUGGCUUCACAGGUGUUGUAGCCGUGUUGUUCUGUGGGAUCACGCAGGCUCACUACACCUACAACAAUCUGUCAGAGGAGUCGACUAAACGCACCAAACAGCUGUUCGAGGUGCUGCACUUCCUGGCGGAGAACUUCAUCUUCUCCUACAUGGGUCUGGCUCUGUUCACGUUCCAGAACCAUGUCUUCAGCCCCAUCUUCAUCGUGGGAGCGUUCAUCGCUAUUUUUAUCGGUCGAGCCUCGAACAUCUACCCCCUGUCCUUCCUGCUGAACCUUGGACGCAGACACAAAAUCGGAGCCAACUUCCAGCACAUGAUGAUGUUCGCAGGACUGCGAGGAGCGAUGGCAUUUGCGCUGGCGAUCCGCGACACGGCGACAUACGCGAGGCAGACGAUGUUCACCACCACGCUCCUCAUCGUCUUCUUCACCGUCUGGGUGUUUGGCGGAGGAACCACCCCCAUGCUGUCCUGGCUGCACAUCAGGGUCGUCCAGGUUUCAGUCACAGAGAAGGAGAGGCUGCUGAAGUUGUGGGAUGACCUCAGAGUGGGUGUGGACCCUGAUCAGGACCUUCAGCCGUGUGGAGACAGCUUCCAGGUCCUUCAAGGGGAUGGAAGUCAGCAGGAAGGCCAGAGCAAGACCAAGCAGGAGAGCGCCUGGCUCUUCAGACUCUGGUACACUUUUGACCACAACUACCUGAAACCCAUCCUGACCCACAGUGGACCUCCGCUCACCACCACCUUACCGGCCUGCUGUGGACCGCUGGCACGCUUCCUCACCAGCCCUCAGGCCUAUGAGAACAGCGAGCAGUUACAGGACACGGACUCGGACCUCAUCCUGACGGACCGGGACCUGACACUGACGUACGGCGACACGGCCAUCACAGUUAAUGGCGCCUCGUCCUCGUCAUCGGCGUCGGGGCCGAAGAGCGGCAAGCGCAACGGCAGCACGUCCGAGGAGGCGCUGGAGAGAGAGCUGGACUCACGUGAGCAGGAGCUCCUAAGCCGGGGAACGCGGCUGGUUUUCCCCAUGGAAGAUCACGUCUGAGACUCCGCCCCUACUCACUGACUUCUCCCUCUGCACAUUUCUCUCUCUCUCUCUCUCUCUCUCUCUCUCUCUCUCUCUCUCUCCCUCUCCCUCUCCCUCUCCCUCUCCGUCUCACACUCUCCACCCCCCCCCCACCUUUCCAUCCUUCUCUCUCUCUCUCCACACCUUACUCCAUCUGAUCCUCCUGUGCUGCUUUAGAGACAUGGGGCAGAAGAGAGGGGCGGAGUCCCAGCGAGAAGAUCUCGUGUGUUUACUGAACUGCGGAGGACGCAGAACUUUGGCGAUACUGUGAUUCCAGAAAAUAGACUUGAUUUUUCAGAGCGUGGUGAGGAACGUCGGGAAUGCUGGAGGAGAUGUGGGUCAAAAUUGGCUGGAUGUGGGGAAUUUUUUUUUGUUUCGUCUGCCCACACUGACGAGCUGAAAACGUGAAUGCUAAGAGUAUAGACGUGAAGUCUGUCUGCCUCACAAGCCUCGUGUAGCUCCUUUUAUCCCUCACGCACGCACGCACACACACACACACACACACACACACACACACACACACACACACACACACACACUGGCUGAGAUCUGGGAUCAGGGCGGGAAAAGUUCAGAGUGAAGUCAGAGUCAGAGUUUUUGAAGGAAACAAGUAACAGCGUUUAAAGAUGCUUGAGUGUUCAGAGUUUAAUCAUUAACUGCAUCCUGCAUCAUCUCACCUGUUCACUAAACACACACACACACACAUUAUCUCACCUGUUCACUAAACACACACACACACAUUAUCUCACCUGUUCACUAAACACACACACACACACACACACACACUCA